UUGUGCAAACAAGCCUGCAUAACUUAAUAAAUAUAGAAUUUGAAAAGUAACAAAUGGUAUUGUGCUGCCCCUUUAAGGCAGGCAUGAUAAUUUGGGUGUGUGUUUUUUGUACCAGCAGACUUGCCGUAGUACCUCACCAGUGAAAAACAGUCCUUUAUCCAAACUGUUGUCUGUUCCACUUUUUGUUCACUUUUUCUUGCUGAGCCUGAGAGAGCACAUGCCUUUUUACAGUGCUUCAACAGUAAACAUCUAAAACGUAUCCGCUGACUCCUGGAUGUUUAUUGUGGACCUGUUAGCUAUCUGCCAAGCUAGAAACCAGCUUCACACCCUAGUGAGGGCAGAAUAGUAAAAAGGCAUCGUCCCAACACGGCUACCUACAAAAAAGUGGAUCUGCGUGGAAACACAGUUUCUUCUGUUUCUUCUAAGCUACAAUGGAUAGUAACGACAACACGCUUGAGACGCGGUCAAUAUGCUCCAACACCUCACGUGCCAGUCAGCGCUCUUCAGCCAGUGCCAUUGCAGCCAGGGCACGGGCAAAAGCAGAGGCUGCACGUGCUCAAGCACUAUUUGCACAAAAAGAGGCAGAUAUGUUAAAAGCACAAGCAUAUAUUGAGGAGGAACAACAAAAAGCAGCAGCUGAGGCUGCCAGGAAGAAAGCAGAGCUGCAAGCCAGUUUGCAUACCUUGAGACUUGAGAGCGUGGCUGCAGCUGCCAUUGCUGAAGCGAAUGUUCUUGAAGCAGCUGUUGAGAACGAAUUUGGGGAGUUAGAUCGGGUUAGCCUGAGAAAUGAAUACGUUGAGCAUAAUCCAAGUCCUGAACCUCACCAAGUCUCAGAGCUACCAGAACUCAUGCCAACUCUGAUGCACCAACUACCAGUCGACAGUGAUGAGAUCAGCAAAUACGACUUGCCUGUUCAGAGAACAUCCAAAUUGAGUCAAGAUGCCACUCCCUAUUACCCUCGUACUCAAAGCCCCUGCAGGACAGGGCCAUUCAAGCAAGAACAUUCACACAGCUUAAAUUCAUCCAAGGAUACGUACAGACACCAGACACAGUCACAUGAUAUGAGACAAUACAGUAGUAGCUACCAACCACCUCAGCCUCAUACAGGUGCUGCCAGAACUGACGAGCCCACUUCAUCAUCAACCACAGACCUGGCCAAGUAUCUAAUACGGCGAGAGAUGAUAAGCUCUGGGCUGUUAAGGUUCGACGAUCAGCCAGAAAACUAUUGGGCCUGGAAGCAAUCCUUCCACAGUUCUACAGAGGACUUAAAACUGACGUCAAGAGAGGAGCUUGAUCUGCUAUGUAAAUGGCUGGGACCAAAGUCAUCAGAGCAUGCUAAGAGGAUUCGAGCGGUCCACAUACACGAUGCAGCUGCAGGUGUAAGAAUGGUAUGGCAAAGGUUGGAAGACUGCUAUGGAUCGCCAGAAGCAAUUGAAGAAGCUCUCCUAAAGAAACUGGAUGAUUUUCCAAGAAUCUCAAAUCGAGAAAAUCAAAAGCUGAGAGAGCUGGGAGACAUUCUCUUGGAGCUUGAAGCCGCCAGAGCCAAUGGGUUCCUACCAGGCCUCAGUUACCUGGACACAUCUCGGGGCAUCACUCCAAUCGUUCAAAAGUUGCCAUACUCCCUGCAUGACAAGUGGAUCUCUCUAGCAUCUCGUUAAAAAGAAAGUCAUCAAGCGUCUUACCCACCCUUCUCCUUCUUCGCAAAGUUUGUUUGUGAUCAAGCCAAAACGCUCAAUGAUCCAAGCUUUGCCCCUCUUACAGGUGGUUGGAGGACAGGGAAGCCAGAACACCCCUUCAAAUCAAACAUGAAAAUACCCAUUUCUGUCAAAAAGACAGAAGUCUCCUCAAACUCUAAAAGCAUGCAAGCCAGCCCCUCAGGGAAGAGGAGGGCCGAACCAGAUGAACAAUGCCCACUUCAUAACAAACCACACCCCCUCAGAAACUGUCGUGGGUUUAGGAGUAAAUCUUUAGAGGAAAGGAGAGCUUAUCUUAAAGAGAAUAAUAUUUGCUUUAAGUGCUGCGCUUCAUUCACUCAUCUAGCAAAAGACUGCCACAAAAACGUUCAGUGCAGAGAGUGCAGGAGUGAGAACCACCCUACUGCGCUACACCCAGGGCUGGCCCCCUGGAUAUCAGAGACUCCUGUAACCACAAGAGAGCAAGGCGGGGAGCAAGGAGAAGAAGCUCCUCAAGCUGUCACAGCAAAAUGCACAGAUAUUUGUGGGACUACCGUCAGAGCAAAGUCGUGCUCCAAAAUCUGUCUUGUCAGAGUUUAUCCAGCUGGCCAGAGGGAGAAAGCUGUUAAGGCGUACGUUGUUUUCGACGAGCAAAGCAACAAGUCUUUGGCAAGAACAGAGUUUUUUGAGCUCUUUGGAGUUACAGAGGGCACGGCAGCAUACACCUUGAAGACCUGCUCAGGAGUUAUGGAAACAACAGGGCGCCAAGCUAACAAUUUCAUCAUGGAGUCAUUAGAUGGUAAGACUCACAUUCCACUCCCCACCUUAAUCGAAUGUGACAUGCUCCCUGAUGAUAAGUCUGAAAUCCCCACACCUGAGAUCGCCAGACAUUAUCCACAUUUCAAGCGGGUUGUGGAUAAAAUCCCGGCUAUAGAUCCAUCAGCAAGCAUCCUGAUCUUGCUCAGUCGAGAUGUACCACAGGCACACAAGGUUCGAGAGCGAUGCAAUGGGCCCCACGAUGCCCCCUACGCCCAGCGUCUCGACUUGGGAUGGGUGAUUGUGGGAGAGGUUUGUCUCGGAAGAGCUCACAAACCAGAGUUUGUAAACGUCUAUCGGUGCAAUGUGCUGAGUAACGGUCGUACAUCUCCGUUCGACCCUUGCACUAACAGUCUCCACAUCAAAGAGAAGCUUGACACUCCAGAGCAGCAUCGUCAGUUUCUAGGAGCUAACGCAUCCGAAAUCCUGUUUGAUGGGAAAGAUGGCCUUGGUAAAGGGGUCUUCCAGCAAACGCCACAUGACAACAAGCCUGCUAUGUCUGUGGAAGACAAACUCUUUCUGGAAAUAAUGGACAACGAGGUCUUCAUAGACGACUCGAAUAGUUGGGUGGCACCAGUACCCUUCAGGCAACCAAGGCGCAAACUCCCUAACAACCGAGCCCAAGCAGUCAAGCGUCUUUUGACACUACGGCACAUGCUGGAGAAGAAGCCAGACAUGAAAGAACACAUGAUAAGAUAAGAUAAGAUAAGAUGGCCUUUAUUAGUCCCACAGGUGGGAAAUUUGUUUUGUUACAGCAAAAGUGCAAAGUUAUGUAGCAGA